CCUAUAUAUAGUGAAGGCCCGCGUACAGACGGCCAUUUCACAGAGAGUAGAGGGAGAUACAAAGUCCUACCGCCUUUCUAGUACCUGUUCCAGCUCCACCAUUACUCGCUACAGAGGAGGCCACACACAGAAGCUUUGAGCUCUUCCUGAAGAGACGAUGAACACCAAGUUCUUCCUCACAGCCCUCGUGGCCGUCACCCUGCCUUCGCUCUCUCUUCAGCGAUUGGUGAGAAAUUGCGGCACGUCCACCUACAGAAUCGAUGACCUUGUGGUAGCAUCUGAAUUAUCAGAAAACACAGCAGCAGCAGCAGGAACCGGAGGAGUACAAAACACCGAUGUCAAGUUCCGUACGUACACCGAUCAGAUGAGGAGCUUCUUCACCGACGCCAACAGCGCUUCAGGCAACAUUAACGUCGGCGUGGUCUACUUCUCAAACCAAAACACAUUCCAGUACGAUAAUCAACUGAGGCCUGCAAUCCAGCUUGUCACUGGCUCUUUCCCUACACGACAGGCUGCAGUUGGCGCGACGCUGAUCGGGGGUCUACGAGGAAUUGAGGCCAAUGUCAACAGCAUUACCACCAGCGGGAGGCGAGUUAACUUGCCCAUCAUCUAUGCCUCCCAGACGUCGAGACGAGACAUUGAAGAGAUCGCCAAUAUUGUUGGCCGGCUGAGACAGAGAAACGUGUACACGUAUCUGUUCGCCGUCGGGUCCGCCAUACGGGACAACAACCUGGACAACUUAAGAGGCAACCUGACCGCCGUGAUGGGGAGAGACGUUGUCUUUACCGUCCCCGACCUCACCAACCUGGGCCAACAAAUCACGACACAAGUUCUCGAGUGUGAUCUUGUAAUUCCCAACUCACUGUGUUCCAACUGUAUCAUCGAGGAAAGCUCCGCCCUCAUCCCCCACCCUGACCGAUGUGACAAGUACAUCCAGUGCUACAUUCAGGGCAACCAGAUCCUGACUGCAGAGUUCUACUGUCCCCACGGCACCCUGUACGACCGCACCCUCUUCACGUGUCAGCACGCCGACAUCGUCAUCAACGACCGACGCACAAAGACCGGAUGUCAGUGGUGUUCGAAUAACGGUGAGCGCCACCCCUACCAGGACAGCUGUGCCGCGUUCUGGCAAUGUGGAGGCUCCUCUAGCUCAGGGACGGGCACCCUCCGGGCUCAGUGCUGUCCCCAGGGUCAGCGCUUUGACAGCUCCUCCCAAACCUGUGUGUUCGACACCACGGGAUGUGACAGAACCCUCAAGCAUGCCCAUGCGUCUUACUGCAAGACCUACUUCCAGUGUAGAGGAGAAGAAUUGGCUUCUGAUUGUUGCACUGGCGGCCUCAGCUUCAUCGGCAACGACACCUUCAGGGACUGCGCUUUUCAGGACGACUGUGUCGAUCAGAACUGCCUCGAACCACGUAGAAACCCGAGCUGUGACUACGAAGCUGUUGGCCAGUGUCAGUUUAGAAGGCUCAGUAUCAACGCCAACUAUACUGCCCAGGACUGUCCCAAAGGCCUCGGGUUCGACGUGACAACGUGUGCCUGCUCGAUCUACCUUGACAUAACAGUUGUCUGCCCAAACGCCGUGCUCAGCAGAUAUUCCGAGCCUUGCCAGGAUAACUUCCUCACAACAAUGGCCAACUACGACGGCAGUAACGCUUAUUUCGACGACGAAGCACCAUGGGCCUGGAACAUCAAGAACAACAACGUCACCAAAACCAAUAAUGGCGGGGUCUACGACGGCACUCUGUCUUACCUGUCCAUCCCGCGCACCGCUGGUACUGGGGAUCUAACCAAGCCGGGCAUGUGGGCUCGUGUGGUCUACCAGGAUGGUACGGAUAACGGCCUGCCGCUGAAUCAGCCUAGGGUCCUCCUUAGCAACGCCCCGUGUGAAGACUCAGUUGAUUCGAAUGAAGAUGCAUCAAUCUCCAUCACCACUACACCCAGCCAGGGUAGCGUCACCGUCAGGCUCGUCACCGACAGCAACACGUCGUACGACUACACCGACGAUGUGCCAGCCACAGUUCAGCUAAGCUACAACACAAACACUUAUGGCCCCAAUGACGUCAAGACUGUGACCUAUCUGUACGAGAACAACGUCCUCACUGCCAGCCUCAACAUCAACGGCUUCGAGGUGGACCGAGCAACGGCCAACGGAAAUGGACCCAUUGGAACACGCAGCUGUGGUCUCAAGGUCGGCAAGGGAGCUAACAAUGAGAGAUUGUUCAAGGGAGCCAUUGAAAGGGUGGAGAUGCACUUUCAGUGCACCCCAUUCCCAGCUGUGUAGGAAUGGCGCACACCAUCGUCAUGCCCAAACUUGCGUCAACCUCCAACUACGUCAUACUUACAUUAUUAAUUUAUCCACUGUUUUUCAUGAAUAAAAUUUGCAUUUAUUUGCUUUUUUUAUAAA